CUUUGCACUCAUCUGAACUACAUACCUACACUCGAUACCCUCUCUAUUUCUCUCUUCUAUUCUUUUUCUAUUUUCUAUCUUACUCAAUACCACCUUCACGCAUUCAUACCCUUUUCUCCCUCCGCCGAAUUCCUGCGCAGAAUCAUCCGAGCCUAAACCCUACCACCCUACGUCACUAAGAUCAUAGCGCGGGCGUCUCAUCUUUGUGUAACGGAUAUAUCGGACUCUCUUCUCUCCCCCUGAUGACCGCUCGUGUUUCGGGCAGACUUCUCACCCGCCGCGAUGGAUAAUGCAAACCUGUGGACCCGUCGGGCAAAUUCCUCAAAGUUGUCACUUUCAAUGUCCGGUACGGAAGGCAAAGAUGGUGGCGCUCGGGUUGAAAUGCCCCGCGCAUCGAAACGCUUCGGGCCGGACAGCUCGCAUGGUCGCUCGAAUCCCUUUAACGCAAUAUCCCCGCUAUCCGGCGGUGUCUCCUCGCCAUCUACCAAUGCCUCCUCCGCCUUCGGCCUCGGAUCUGGCGCAUUCGCCUCAUUCGGUGCUCCCAAGACUCCCGGUGGCUCCGAGUUGAAAACACCCGGAGAACGCCGUGAGAUCUUGGAUCAUGACGAAGCUCUACGACAAAAGGUUUUUGAUCCCUCUGUCUCUGCUCCUGGCGAGCACCCCCUCAAGUCGACGUGGAUCGUCUGGUACCGCCCUCCUACUCCCAAAUACUCCGACUACGAGAAGUCCACCGUCCCGCUUGCUUCCAUAUCCUCGGUAGAGAGUUUCUGGGCAGUCUACUCUCACCUUAAGCGCCCAUCUCUUCUUCCGACUGUUUCCGACUACCAUAUCUUUAAGAAGGGUAUCCGUCCUGUUUGGGAGGAUGAGGCCAAUAAGCGGGGUGGCAAGUGGAUUGUGCGUUUUAAGAAGGGUGUGUCUGACCGCUACUGGGAGGAUUUGCUUUUGGCCAUGGUCGGUGAUCAGUUCGCGGAGGCUGGAGACGAAGUCUGCGGCGCCGUGCUGAGCGUUCGGGGCGGCGAAGAUGUGUUGAGUGUCUGGACAAGGAUCGACGGUGGGCGCAACAUCAAGAUUAGAGAAACGAUCAAGCGCCUCCUAGCAUUCCCCGCAGACACCAACAUCAUCUGGAAGAGCCACGAUGACAGCAUUGCACAGCGCUCAGCAAUCGAUCAGGCCCGCCAAGAAAAAGCCACCGCUCCCACUCACCAGGAACGGCGGCGCACAGGCACUGACGAUUCCGACAAAGUCAAGGCUAUGGCCCUGUGAAUGGAUCUGAGAUCCCAGCCUGGCCUUGGGCCCUGUAUAGUAAACCCGAAAAAAAACCUUCAUUCACGAAUCAUUGGGACGCGUUUGGGUCUUAGGGGCGGUGGGGCAUCGAGGCGAACUCAGCGGUUUGAUUUGAUUUAUGUCUUGAGUGAACUCAUCUGCGAUAUGCUUCUUCUUUUUGUUUUGCCGAGCUUAUGCGUGAUGUUUCCCUUUUUGUAUGCACCAUGAAUGCAGCAUCAGCUGCUAAUGCUUUUCUCACCAGAGAGUAACCUAUACUUCCCU